AUAACUUACUACUAAGAUGCUAAUAGAUAAGCAAAUUGUGUUUGCGGUGGUGACGCUAUGCGCCGGAAUCGCCUUCGCAAUUCAAGUGCCCACAUCCGAUCAGAUAAGCAUUACGAGCAGUGAUCGUGCGGAUGGCCUGUCAAAAUAUGGCGGUCUGGGGGGCGAUGAACCUCGGGCGUAUCGUCCGGAUACUUCCUCGCUGGAUUUUGUCUACCACAAUCAUGAUGAUAUGACGCGAUAUCUGAGGGCGACCACCGCGCGCUAUCCCAACCUGACGGCACUGUAUUCGAUUGGGAAGUCGGUUCAGGGCCGCGAACUGUGGGUCAUGGUGGUUUCCUCGUCCCCGUACGAGCACAUGCUUGGCAAACCGGAUGUGAAGUACAUCGGUAACAUCCACGGUAACGAAGCCGUCGGACGUGAACUGCUGCUUCACAUGAUCCAGUACCUGAUCACCAGCUAUACGUCUGAUCCCUACAUCAAGUGGCUAUUGGACAACACCCGUAUCCAUAUCCUGCCCUCGUUGAACCCGGAUGGUUAUGCUGCUUCCAAGGAAGGCACUUGUGAUGGCGGACAGGGCCGAUACAACUCGCGUGGUUUCGAUCUGAACCGUAACUUCCCGGAUUACUUCAAGCAGAACAAUAAGCGAUCGCAACCGGAGACAGAAGCCGUCAAAGAGUGGAUCAACAAGAUUCAGUUUGUACUGAGUGGAUCCCUGCACGGGGGUGCUCUAGUGGCCAGUUACCCGUACGAUAACACUCCCAACGCUAAGAUAUGUAGAUCGUCAUCUACCUGCGCCGUAUUCAAUAGCUACGUGUCGCAACCAUCGUUGACACCGGACGACGAUGUGUUCAAGCACCUCUCGCUAACCUACGCCAACAACCACGCUAAGAUGUCUCAAAGAGUGGCCUGCAAGUCCGCUUCGCCAUCGUUCGAGAACGGCAUCACCAAUGGUGCAGCUUGGUAUCCACUGACUGGUGGAAUGCAAGACUUCAACUACAUCUGGCACGGUUGCAUGGAAAUCACUCUGGAAGUAUCCUGCUGCAAGUUCCCGCCAGCAUAUGAACUGCGCAAGUACUGGGACGACAACCAGCUGUCGAUGAUCAAGUUCCUCGCCGAAGCGCACCGAGGUGUUCAAGGGUUCGUCAUGGAUCCCAACGGUGGUCCCAUCGAGCGGGCUCAGCUAAAGAUCAAGGGCAGAGAUGUCGGCUUCAGUACCACCAAAUACGGAGAGUUCUGGCGAAUUCUUAUGCCCGGUGUCUACAAGCUGGAGGUGUUCGCCGAUGGAUUCGUUCCAAGAGACGUCGACUUCAUGGUCGUUGAGCAGCAUCCCACGCUGCUGAAUGUCACAAUGCAGCCAUCGAAGCGCAAUGAUGGCCCCUUCUAUCGGCCAGUCCAGCAAUCGGCCCAAUCGCAGUAUCGUCCGCAGAUAGCAGCCCCUGGCCUCCCUGGGAGCAGUAUCAACGGUGGCUCCCCGGCAGACGAAGGCAUCCUCUCGACGCUGAGCAACGGCUUCAACAGUUUGGUGAACAACAUCUUCGGGUAGAGGUUGCACACGGUGGGCAACCGCCAGCCACCGAACGGCGUGAGUUCGCCGCUACAGUAUUACAGUGGAAGGAUGUGCUUUUUGAGCUUUGCAGUUGUCUGCAUUCAACGCAUUACGACAAUUUGACGCGACCCGCUUCGAUGCUAGGACGCGCGUUAUUUCAUUGCAUUCGAACCCAUUAUCCAUUUGAAAUCAGAACAUUUGACCAACAGGACGGUACGAAGAGCAGGUAGAAUGUGUGUCUCCAGUGAUAUGACGAUAAUAAUAUAAAAAAACAGAAAAAAAUCUCGAAUUAGUCGAAUAUUUACGUAGUAAGCUUCAAUCAGAUACAAAUCGAGAAUCUAUUUUAAUACAUUUGAAGAUGUUUGCAAUACUUAUCCGCGUUAAAUGCUUAUAGAAGUACACAGAAAUAAAUCACGUUAGGUGAUCAAUUACACGAAUGAUAUUCAGCGGCUGCAACACUUACGGUGUGUUUAAGCAUUAGUAACACGUUCAAAAACUAUAUCUUCUACCAAGAUUUGGUAAACAGAAGCAAAACAAAAUACUGUUAGAGGAAUAUUUUAAAUUAAUCAAGAUAAUAAAGACUUAGUAUUUAUACAAAACGGUUCGAUAUCGUUAAAUAAAUAAGGUAGUACAAAGGA